AUGAAUCCUACUACUUCUGGUUCUGGGGUUACCACGCUUGACAAAAGUACACUGGGGCGUAUCGCCCAAAUCAUUGGUUCGAUACUAGAUGUAGCCUUGCAGCCAAGCAAAAUGCCUAAUAUUUAUAACGCUCUGGUAGUAAAGGGUCGACAUACUGCUGGUCAACCAUUUAAUGUGACUUGUGAGGUACAACAAUUAUUAGGAAACAAUGAGGCUGUAGCUAUGUGUGCUACAGAUGGUCUAACGAUAGGGAUGAAUGUAAUUGAUACAGGAGCUCCACUAAGUGUUCCGGUUGGUGGAGCGACUCUUGGAUGA